AUGAUGGCCUGCAAAAUUCAGGCUAAGGACCUAGUGCGCACGCGAAGAUACAUCGAGAGGUUUCAUGCUAUGAAGACUCAACUACAAGCUAUCAGCUUGCGUAUACAGACAGUUCGUACUAAUGAGCAGAUGAUGCAAGCCAUGAAAGGUGCUACAGGGAUCCUUGGGAGUAUGAAUCGCAGCAUGAAUCUUCCAGCUUUACAAAGGAUUGCAAUGGAGUUUGAGAAAGAAAAUGACAUUAUGGAUCAAAGGCAAGAAAUGAUGGAUGAUGCGAUAGACGAUGCUACGGGUCUAGAAGAUGAGGAAGAUGGAGAAGAGAUUGUAGAGCAGAUACUGGAAGAAAUUGGAGUUGAUCUCAAGGAAUCGAUGGGUCAAACACCCCUGGGAAUAGGGUCAGUUUCCGUUCCGGAAACCAAAAUAGCUCAGGCAGUUGGCGAGGGAGCAGGUAAUACCGACUUUGGUGAUGAUGAUCUCCAGGCUAGGCUAGAUAGCUUAAGGCGAUAA